UGAAAGUGGCGGAGGCGGACAUUGUUGUGGUAACAGUCCAUCUCCGGAGGAUGAGCACAGAUGAUGAUGUACAUAUUCUGAGCGAAAAAGGAGGAAAAAGCUGCUGCGCCGUGCGGACUCCUGCAGCCACCGGGGUUCAUUCAGCCGAGGCGACACAAGCACAGCCCGAUGAGACGAUGCCAGCGGUGUAGAAAUCACAACAUCUGCAGGGUGUGCUGGGUUAAGCCUCCGUGGACUCACCGGGCCUUUGUACAGAAAAGCCCACGGAGCAGCUGUUGCCUUGAAAAAAACAGCGCGGGGAGGAGAAAUAAGGGCUGCUGUGCUCCCGGAGGCCUUUGGAGAAAGCAGCCUUCUGCUGAGAGGAUGACAGAUUGACAUUAAUAGGGGCUUGCGGUGCGUUUUUCACACACGACCUCAUUAAGGCGUUAUCCACGGAGAACAGCACAAAAAGAGACUGAAGUCACAGCCUUGGAGAUAAAGACAAUCUAAAUACAGACACCACAUGUUUCUGCCUUGAUUUUACCUCCGGUGAUCAAAUACAUGACAUCUGGAUUACAGCGGAUGCAUGUGUUGAGCAUUAAAUAUAGCCACAUCUCAGCGCUUUUAAUAGAUUCUCAGGUACCCAUAGGUGUCGUUUUUUACUGAAAGAAGAAAAAAUGGGUAGCGAAGGUGAGAUAAUAAACAGAGAACUGUCAAAGAUGUCUGACGAGGACUUGCUGGCGUGCUCCAAAGAGGAGCUGGUGAGCCGGUUGCGUAAAGAGGAGUCAGAGAAAAUAUCGGCUCUGAUCCAGCGCGGUCGGCUUAUCAAAGAGGUAAAUAAACAGCUGCAGGGACACCUCCUCGAAAUCAGGGAACUGAAAGUCAUCAAUCAGCGCCUGCAGGAGGAGAACACGGAGCUGCGGGACCUGUGCUGCUUCCUGGACGACGACAGGCUCAAAGUGAAGAAGCUGGCCCGGGAAUGGCAGCUGUUCGGGCAUCACGCGGCCAAAGUGAUGCGAGAGGACCUGGGCGGGUACUUGAAAAAGCUUGCCGACCUGGAGCGCAUGCAGGACGGGCUGGUGAAGGAGAAUCUGGACCUGAAGGAGCUGUGCCUGGUCCUGGAAGAGGAGUGUGUGAGCAGGAGUGACUCCAGUCCAGGAGGGUCCACCGAGCUGAAUCUGCCCUGCAUGGUGGCCCGGGACCUGGGAGAUGGGAGCUCAAGCACAGGCAGCGUGGGAAGCCCAGACCAGCUUCACCUGGUGUGCUCACCUGAUGACUGAUGGCAGGGGUGUGUCAGCAGCUGAGGACUGGAGGGAGACACAGGUGCUCUGUCAGAUAGUACAAAUUAAUCUGGAGGAUUAAAAAAAACAAAACAAGCAUUAGGGCUUUCUGAAUGCUGCAAAGAUUUGUGUGCCACUAGACUUGAGACUCUUUCCACAUUUCAGGACUUUACAAAGACAUUUAAUAGAUGUUUGCCAGAUGAUAACAUGUCUAAAUUUUACAGUGUUUUUUCUAAAGAUUCUCCUGAAAAUUCUCCUUUUUCAGUGGUCUGUUGUUGAGAAAAAAAAAUGGGACCAACAAACUGGGUCACAUAUGUAAAUUUAUCUCAUGCACUGGAUUAGCCUACACUGGUAGAAGCCUUUUUCUCAAUUGCACUGGACAGCGUUAUCUUGGAUCUUGAAAACGCAGAUCUAAAGAUUUAUUUCAAUCCAGUUUCGAGCCAUAUUUAGUCCUCUGAAUUCCAAUAGCACUGAAACAAAGGAAACUAUUUGAUAAUUGCUUUUUUUGCUAAUGACGUGUAAUAUUUUAUGCACUCUCGCUUCCUCAGGACAGGAUUGGAGUGCCAUGUGUGCAUGAUGAUUGUCACCAUUUGUAACAAAGCCUGUGAAGCAGCCUGACAUGAAGGCCCUUUAGGUUUCCUGAGGGGUGGGGCCACUGAGCAUAAUGUAACACGUGCAGACUUACACACUCACUUUGGAUCAGGCAUGGUAGAUGUUGUUGGACCUCACGCAGAGCUGAACUGAAAAAAAGUUCUGUCACUAUUUUUAAAAUUCAACUGGAAAACUCUUUGUAUCAAACUGGAAGGUCUACGAGUUUUGGUUGAUUUUUAUUCUGUUUAAGCCGAGCUGUUUAAAUUCUUUUUUUUCUUCUUUUCUUUGUUUUUUAAUGAAGUUGUUGCUGAAUUAUCAUAAGAUUUCUUAGCUUCUUCUUCUGUAACUCAUGCUUUGUAUUUAAUCUGUAACAUUAGGAGCAAGCUUAACUUCGAACCUUCUUUAAUCUUGAUUUGUCUGUAUUAACUAGCUUUACUAACCAGUUUCAGUUUAAACCAUAGCACCUGGAUUACAAGAGGUUUAUUUUGUUGUUAGCUGUUUAUUGGUGGGCUAUGCUCGUAGUGCACUGAAAAGCUUUAAAUACAGUGGCUAUGACACUCA